UCUUGCGGGGAACAUCGAGCGAUUCGAGGGACGGAAUCCGAAACGAACCGGAGAAGAUUGCCACGCGAAAAGAAAAAUUGGUGCUAAGACCCCGCUAAAAAGAAAACAAAAAAAUAACAGCCCCACCAAAACCGCAAAACUGCAAAAGAAAAGUGCACAAAACACGCAUAAAAAAGAUACAAAGUUCCUAUUUAAGUGCCGGCCACUUAACACCGUCGAAUUAAAUCGAAUCGAGUCAAGCGGACCAGAGAUGCUCACCAGACAGCCCGACUACACCAUCUCCGAACUGGGCCAUCCCAUCCACCAGUGGCCGGAUUCGACCAUGUGCGAGUCCCUCAAGAAACUGGAUUACAGAAAGUUGCCAAGUUCCCCGCCUUCACCCCAUCGCCUCCUGCCGCUGAGGGAAACCCUGGACGAUUGUUUCAAGCGGUUGACGACGAGGAGCAGAGAAGAUUUAGAAGAUGAUCCCAUAUACCAGCAGAAACAGCGGAAGAAUCAGUGGAACGAGCAGCAGCGAAAGCGCAGCAAUCAAAAAUGUCGAGAUAAAGGCGAGUCCCGAGCAACAACAACGACGACGACGACUACGAUAGCGACGAGCUGCGAUCUGAACAAUUUCUGAGAUUGGAACGAGGGGAAAGAAUUCUUAUGGGGGAGCCAACCUAAGCGGACUGAUUAAACGUGCUAAAAUAAAACACCUUUUGCCUAGAACAUUAAGUACAUAAAAUGUUAAGUAAAGAAAAACCUAUAACACUUAA